AUGUCAUCGAAUGAUAAAAGAUCAAUAAAUAGUGAUCAAGGUAAUAAUAAAAGAGUAAAACUCACUAGUGAAGGUGGUCAAUUGAGAUUUUCUUUGGUUAAGAAUUUAGUUGUUGAAGUAUCAUCUAUAGUGAAAGAAACAUCUUCAAAGAAUGAGAAACUGGUAGACACGUCUGUGGAAAAUAAUGGUAAUGUAGAUCCAACAUUUGAUAAAAGUGUUUUAAUUUUGAAAAAUGGAAAUUCAUCAGACACAAAAGAUCAAGAUGGUACAACCUUAGGUGUGGAAUCAUUAGAUGAAACUAGCAAUAAUUCAGGAUCAGGUGCUAUGUCAGAUGUUGAACCACUUUCAGCUACUGUCACUAAUAAUACUGCUACCACAACUAAUGUAUCAGAAGAAUUUGUUAAAAAAUAUAGCAAGAGAGAAAGUUUUGCAAUGAAGAACUUUGAAUUUCCCACUUACUAUUACGAAAGAGAGGGUGCUGAAACAUUAGAUGGUUGGUUCUUAAUGCAAAAGAAUUUGAGCAAAAUCGGGAAGAAAGACUUGGGUAGAUAUUUGAUUGGUAUUUGUGGAUUUGAGGAGGUCACAGAUGAAACUGUAAGAAACAUUAGAGAAGGUUUUUUGGAAAAAUACAAAAAGGAAGGUCAAAAAGAUGAAGAAGUAUUAAAAAAUCUAAUUGUUGCUCGGAUUGAAGGUGGAUCUGCAGCUGUUGUAAUUAAUAAAUUUGAAUUUAAAAAACCAUUUAAGGUUAAAUCAAAACUUCUGAUUAGUUCCAAGUUGAGAGAAAAAGACCUUGAAAAUCCCAAGCCAAGAAAUGACUUUGAUUACUUACGUGUGGCAGAUUUAAUAAUUGAAAUUGAAGGAUAUUCUAAACCAGUCCAAUUUAUUACCAUCUACGGUGAUCAUGAAUAUCAAGAAAACAGAAUCAGAUUAAUUAAGAAGGUCAAUCCAUUAAUUAAAAAGGAUGGUUCAUUGUUUAAUUAUGUAUUUAGCGAUCAAAAUUCCGGGGCUAAUUAUGAUGGCUCAGUUAAAGAAUACGACCUUAAAUGUCAAAAAUGUAUCAAUGAGUUUUUAGAUAUAAACAAGUGGAUCAGAUCAACUAAAUUAGCAACUGAAAAAACUUUAGUAACAAAUUUUAAUCCUCAGGGCCUUCGGGAUAUUGAUUCAAUUUAUGUGCCAUUAGAACAUGGAGAUAAUGUGUAUUCUCAUAAAGUUUUGUUUGAAAAAGACUAUACUGGCACCCAUGCCGCAGUUAUAGUUAAGAUGGGAUUAGAAAAAUUAAGUACAAAAUUUAUUGAUAAGUCAGAAAAUAUCCAAGCAGAAGAAACCUUGUUUAAAUUGAGUGGUGUCAAGAAAAAUAACGUCCCUUAUACUUACCAACUAAAUGAUGAAGAUUACAAAUCGAGUGUCAAAUAUUUGAAUCAUAUGAAAAGAUUAAUUAAAAAUGAUGAGGAUCAAACAACUAUUAGACUUAGACCACAUACUGAGUUACUGAAGAAAGUUUUGUUCAAGUACAAUGAGGAAUACAAUGAUAAAAUCACCUCAAUUUCAAGUAUUUCAUUAGAUAUUUACAAGAAUAUCAUCAUUGGUUUGGUAUUAGACGAAUGCAAUAAUCAUUUAAAAGGUCUGCUUGUACAGUGGACAAAAUUUAAGUUUCCGGGGUUUACUGAUGUUCAAUGUAAAGGUAUUUUUGAUAAUCUUCGUAAUAAAAAUAAAAUUAUAUUUCAAGAAAAAUGGAUCUUCGAUCCAAAUUUUGUCUAUACACAAGUUGAAUUGAGUUUGGAGUUUUAUGAUAAAUUAUUAAAAACUUAUUCCAAAUUUGAAAAUAGUUCUGAUAAAUGGGUUAAAAUCACUAGUGCAUUUGAUAAUAAAAUUCCUAAACUUCAACUAGUCAAUAUUUACAGAAGAAUUUCUGAAGGUGGCCAUACGGAAAAGGUCAAUGGUACAUUACAACUUACAAUGGAUUAUAAAAAUUUAAUAAUCAAACGAGAAAAUGAUGCUAUAUUAAGAGCAGAAAAAAAGGAAGCUAAAGCUAAAGAAAAUAAUUUAAAAAAAGUAAAAUUUGAAGGAUUGAAAGAAGCUGAUUUGAAAAAGCGAAGUCAAAAAUCAAGAAAGCCAUGGUCAGCCGAAGAAGAUAAGAAAUUGAUGGAGUUGUGCAAAGAAAACGGUCGUUGGCCCAAUUGGUUAGAAAUAUCAAGCAAUUUUAAAGAUAGAACCGAACAUUCAUGUCAAAUGCAUUAUCGUCAAUUGGUUGCUGAAGCGAAGAAGGAUCCCAAGUUAUUAGAAAAAGGUGCUUGGUCAAUCAAAGAAGAUAUGGACUUAAGGGCUUUAUUUCAAAAAUAUGGCAACAAUUGGAGUAAAAUUGAAGCAGAGUUCCCAACUAGAACAAAAGUUCAAUUGUCCAAUAGAUGGAGAAUUUUAAAAAAAUCAUCGAAAUAA